UCGGACAAGUGUUCUACGAUCUAUCAUUUGUAUGAGAAGACUGUUGUUCGCGUAGGACUGUAGCAAGUGUUUUUGCUUUCUUUAUGUCCUCUAGGAAACUUCGUAAGACGUUUUCUUCCCCAUAGAACGACAGAUGGAACGAUGAAGUACGGCAUCAUCAACUCGCCGGAGGAAACAACGUCUUGCGACAAGAGAAAUACGGAAGGGGAAAGAGAUAUGGCGUCGGAGGAGGUUCAGUCGUCAGAAGCUGCAGCUAUGGCGAAGCAGCGACAGCAGUCGGACAUUGAUGCCGUCAUAUUUUCGAUCCAGUUCUAUGGCAAGACCAUUGGCGAAGUCGGGUUGAUGGACCAGGACCUGUCCGAGCUGGACUGGAAAAAAUUCAAGUCUUACUUGUUUCAGAAUCUGCUUACUGUUAAUCACCAAGAAAAUAUUUGUGUCAGCUACAGUGAUGAAGAAGGAGAUAAGUUGCCAAUAGACUCUGAUGAGGAAUACAGAGAGGCUCUUAAGGUUGCUAAGAAAAAAGCAGAAAUGCAUGACAAAUUGGUGCUUGAUAUUACUCGCCAAGGAGGAUUUCCCACUGUCCUCUCUAUGGUUUCUUCUGGAAUAAAGAAAGUGAGCUCAUCUCCUCCAAAAGAAGGUGGAAUUUCAUUUUUCAAAGCCUCGUCCCCACCCAAGGAUCACUCUGGAUUUAAAGCUAUUGGUACAGAACGAAAGCUCUUUCAGGGAUUCUUUAUGCCUGAUAAAGGUCCAAUCCCAGGUCAUGUCCAGGGUGUGUGGGGUUAUGACUGUGAUGAAGCACUUGAGUGUGGUAAGGUAAACACCACCUCUACCACCACUACCACAACUACCACCACUUCGCCUGUACCCACUGCACGGUCUGACUGCAAGAGGGGUCCGCCAGUCAGGGCUUUGCGCAGCUCUCCUCCCAAUUUACUUUUCAACUUUGAAGCACCCACUCAUAAUGUUAGUCCGACCCUAGAGACCUCUGCCUGUCAAGAUGUCUUUGGUGCAGGUAUCGACAAGUUGACGGGCGCCAGACCAAAGGAUGUGCGGUUGAAGGGGGAAAUCUCUGAGCAACCUCCUGAGUGGUUUACCAGUUACAUGAACAAGUUUCGUGCAGAGAUAUGUGAAGAAAUUAGUGAACGUGUGUUCUCCAAGGUUACUGAAGCCUUCAAGAAUAACAGUGUGCAACCCUCAUCUAAUCAGGUGGAAUCGCAUGGUUAUAGACUUCAGGCACAGUUAGAACUCAAUAAAACUGAUACCUCAGAAGUCAGCCAUGUUGGAUUCAAGAAUUACUUUGGUACUGGGAGUGAGAAUGCUGAUGGAGAAGUUACAAAGAAGGACUGUGAGAACGAAGAUGUGAGUGUUGACACCCUGAAUUUAGAUAACACCAAGGGCAAGAAGAAAGAAGAUAAAUGUGUGGGUGUAAAGAGGAAGAAGCUUAUCAAAGAAGAGGAACGACUUGCCAAAGAAGAAGGCAGACUCCUGAAGAGGCAGGAGAAAAUUGAGAGGAAAAAACUGAAUUUGACUUCAAAAGGUUCGAUUUCCAGGUAUGCUGAUGAAAUGGAUAGGGCUAGUCGCACUCAAGAGAAGGUGUUUGCCAAGAUGGAAGGUCUCCGUAAGAAGCAGUUUUGCUCUCAGGAGGAGCUCAGCAAACUUAGGAAGAUGGUAGACAAGCAACAGAGAUUUAUGUCAGCUGAGCAAAGACAGCAACGUCGCAGUGAGAGAAAAGCUGGGUAUCAAAAAUUUGGCAAGGCCAAGAAGAUCAAUAUUGAUAACAAGUGCUUCCCAGUUGAUGCUUCCCUGUUACAUGCAGCAUUGCAAGAACUAGAAGCCUUGGCUGAAGAUUCCACAAGUGAUUGUGCAGUGGGGGCAAUGACAAGAGGUUAUGAUGCCCUUUAUCUGAGGGAUAUCACAUACCCUGAUGGCUCUGUCGUACACCCAGGAAAAGAGUUUGUUAAAACAUGGCGUGUUGUCAAUAAUGGAGUUAUGCCUUGGAAUGAGAAGACAACUCUUUGCAAGUGGAGUCAGGUUCGCUUCCGUGGUUCUCCAGCUGGCUGGAAACUAAAGCCAUCUAUGAAGAGAGUGGUGUGCCCACCUCUAGAACCUGGACAAGAGGGCGACAUCUCGAUUACGUUUACAGCCCCCAGUGAACCUGGAUGGUAUGCUACACACUGGCGAUUUUGUCAGCGUGGACGAGUCUUUGGUAAUCAGAUGUGGUGUGCCAUUCGUGUUGAAGAGGAACCCAGUGGUUCAGGAGCACCUGAGUCACAGCUGGAGAAAAUAUUGAUGGAUGACACCGGAAUGAACAAACCAUCUUUUUCAAGAGAUGUGGUGCAUGAUCUUUCUGCUGCCAUUCUGCACGAUGGUAUCAGAGAAACGAUAUUUGAAAAUUACCCAAAUGAAGAUUCUAAAACAUCGAAAAUAAUCACUCCUCCUCGGGAAGAACUUGGUCCUCAGAAUGAUCUUGGCAUUGUUGAAAACUACUAUGAUGCAGAGGAUCCAGUUCAGGCAGAGUGCAUAGAGGGUCUUCAGAAGCUGACAUUGUCUUGUGCUGCCAAACCAGAUGUUUCUAGUGAGGAAAAGAAAGAGAAGGAUCUGAUCACUUUUGAGGAGGAAGCAGAGGUGGUUGACUCAGGUUCAUCAACCCCUGAAUUAUUACCAAGUGUAUCACAAGCACAAGUAGUUCCACUGAAGGAAAUGGCAAAGGAAUCUGUGGAGAGUUUAAUUCACAAGGAUCAGGAAAUGAAAUCUCCAGACAAACAGAGCACAUCUUUCAUCAACCAGUCAGAUUCUAUCAGUAUGUCUAGUGGGUCUUUCUCUGAAUUAGAUUCAGAAGAUCAGGCGAUCCUCAAUGAAUCAGACAGUGAUGGUUCUGACCACGAAUACUACGUUGUACAGUUACCUGAAUGCUUCAACACGAAUUCUGCGCAUGAAGAUUCUGCAAGCAAUGAAAAUGAGUCAGAUUUAGCAAAGACUCCAGUUGCAUGGCCAGAAGAAGUUGAUCGCCCAGAUAGCCCAGACUUUCUCACUGCUGAUGAAGAUGACAGAACAACAGCAGUAGCGUCCAACUCCUCGGAGGAUCUGACAUGUCCUGUCAAUGACCCCAGUUAUACUUCAAGAUCAUCCAGUGUCAGUCGAGAAAGUGACAGCACAAAUCCUGAAAACACACAGAGCAAGAUGCAGAUUCAGAAAGGCAGCAAUUCCUCUUUACCAGACCCUCCUACAGACACGAAACCUUUCAUGGCCAUCCCAAAUGAAGCUCUUCAAACUAAUCUUUUGUAUUCAACUUCUCAAAGCAAGUCUGGGGAUCAGUGUAACCAGGCAAGAAAAGAUCAAGAACCUGGCACCUGGGUAUCAGGAGCAAACUGCCAGAGAAGUGUUGUUUGUGAACAGCCCUACUCUUCACAGCAUAAAGAAACCAAACACAGUGGCUUAAAUAGUGAUGGGGUAACCUCUUCAUUUACCGAGUCAACCACAGGCCCCACCACUUCGCAGAUGCCUGUGGAUCUUGUGGGUGCAUUACCAGAUGAGUUGGUAAGCAUCAUUCCAGAGGAUCUAGUCCGCGGAGCAUGGAACACAGCACGGUCUUUCAUUACUCGUAUAAACCAGGAAAUGUUGUCUCCAACAUCUGAUUCUCCUGGACGCGUGUAUGCUCGUGAAGAGCCAGCAAUUGAACCGCCAGAACCAGCUCAGUCUUCACCAGUUCCAGAUGUAGCAACCCAGCCAGAAGAAUCUGUCUCAGAAAUUUCUAAUGCAGCAAACACAGCAAAGGAAACAUCCUCACCACUUGCACCUCCAAUGCAGCAACUAGAAGACAUGGGGUUUCACAAUAGGGAAGUUAAUGAACGCCUCCUGACAAAGUAUAAUGGUGAUGUAUCCUGUGCUGUGGCAGAACUUAUUAUUCUCGAUUGUCAUUAGCUUUCUCUUCAACUCCUGACAUAUACAGCAUGGAUAAAUAGGUAAAGGGAUAAUUGUGAUUACAAAAUCCAGGUCAUUUGCAGUCAGGAAUAUUGUUACUGGAAAAAUUUCCUUAAUGCUGUUGAAUUCAGACUAAGAUGAAGUACUUUAGAAGUCUACAGCCCUCAUGUUUUAAUGCAUGUUUCCAUAUGGGACCAUGGUUUUAUUUGUUUAACUGACAUUGUUUCUGUAUUUUAGUAGGCUGCAGUUCAGUCUUAUAUUCAUCACCCUUUUCUGUGUAGGUAAAUGCUAGCAUAAGGUUGCAAGCCAGUGCAGAGCCCAUGAAUCCACUUAUAAAACUUUUGAGUUUGCAGGUUUAGAUAUCAUAAAGUAUUGUUGUAGUAGGUCACUUCCAAAAAAUGUUCUUGUGUGAUAAUGAAGUGGGUUUUAUUCAAAAGUUAUUGCUAUAUUGUUUUGAAUUAACAUGGCUUAUGUUAAGAUAUAUGGUGCUUUUUGCAUGUUUUGAAAUUGUAUGGUGAAUACAUAGCCCUUGUAAUGAAUUCAUUCUUUUAACUUGUAUGUUUUAAAAUGUUUAAGUAAUACCCACGUUGAGAACCAGAUUCUUGUCAUGGAAAGUUGCACUGUACUUAUUUGAUUUUUACUGUUGUUUGCUAUUAGCAGUACCUUACAUUAUUAGGUUUUAGAUAAUCAAUUUUGUAAGUCUUCACCUAGUGUUGAGUAUGGUCUUUGUCUAUUAUCCAGUAAUUUGCAUUUUUCAUUUGCUUACAUUCGUAUAGGUAGUACUGAAUGUAAUGUGUGUAGUAACUCUUAUUAACUAACCUGAUCUUUGCUAUUUUUGAAUACUUGUAUAAGUAACAUAUCUUACUAAUAAAACACAAAUGAGUAUAUCCUAUUUACUAUGUGUCAAUACCUGUUGCAGCUUAGAAUGCUGCUACAAUCCCCUCCUCAGCAAAUGAAAUACUUGCUCCUGUAUUGUUUGAGGGGUAUGUGUCAAGUAUACCCUUGGUUUCAUUCUCUACAUGUUCCCAAUAGUGUGACUUUGCAUUUGCUUUUUAUAUCUCACUUAUUGCUAGCUCUGCUUACAGAUGAAUGAAAUUAUAUAAGAUGCAACUGGAGGCUCUGAUUGGAUCAAAUUUUUCCUUCACCAAUGUUUUAUUUAUAAGCUUUAUAAUAUUUUUUUACAUUUUUUAUUAGAGUCUUACUGUAUAGUUGUAGUAAAAGGAAUCUUACUAUUUUGGUAAUUGUCUAUGUAGCUUUUGUUGACGAUGCUUUUUUGUGUUUUUACUUGUGCUGUUCUUAUCUAGGUUAGUCAGGUAUUUAUCAGUAAUACUAGCAUUUCAUUUGGUUUUGUAUACUUUAUGGCAAGUGAAGGUAAUGAAUAAUACCAUAAAGAUUAUUAAUAUUAACACAUAUAUAAAGGCAGUGCUUUUAAGAAGUUAUAUGAGGCUCAAAUAGUAUGUGCACAUAUUCAAGGAUCUUGUUGCUAAUGUAAGUGAUAUGGUUCUCAGAUUUAUAUAAUGAACCUUUAGGAGUUCUGUUUGAAUGUACAGUAAAAUAUUUUUAUAAGGUCCAAACUUAUCUUAAUGCUGUCAUUGCACUAAUAAAGUAUUGAGCUGCUACCAUGAUUCCCAUCUUGGUUAACCCACAGUUUAAUGUCACUUUGCUGUCAUGAUUUGACAAGCCAUAGUUAACUUUCUAUACCACCUUAAUGUUACUUAAGGUGUUGGUGUUAGUAAUUGUAUCAGUAAAAUUGUAAGAAUGUCCAAGUUCAUACCAUUCUUCUGUUGUCAUGUGCAAGGCAAUUAAGGUUCUUGUUGCAGGAAUUCCAAUGUAAUAAACGAAUGAGAUUCUGUCAAUAGAAUUCAGUUUUAUGAGUGAAAAGAAAGUACAUACACAUUCAUGUAUUUCUUGCUCCCAGAUUUUUUUAAUCUGAUAAUAACCCAGAUAGAGAAAUAUUGAAUGUAAACUGUAAAGAAUGUUGCAUUAACACUGCACUGUUGUCCAAAGAAGUAUCUUGAUGAAUUAAUGACCUGUUUAAUGGGUGAAGCAAACUUGUUGGAAUGAUUUAUUUUAAAUUGAAAGUUAUGAGUGUUUUGCUGGGCAUUUCACAUGAACAGAUACUGUUACUUGUUUAUAAAUAUAUUCUGAAUGAAAUUUUAGGGUGAUAAUUGCUAGUGCUGGAGUAGGAUAGUAAUGCUGAGACACUUGAGGUGUGAUAGCUACUAUAUUAAUACCAAAUAUACAUAUAUAUAUGUCAAAGGUAUGUAUGCUAUAUUAUUAAAGGAUGGAUAUAUC